UUGGAAUUGGAAUUGGAAUUGGAAGUAGGUUGCCAAGAGAAAGUUAUGGAGAAGAAAGAGGAGACCCAAGGCCAAGAACCAGAGCAAGAGCAGGUAGCCAAUCCAUGGGAGGUAUCGGCCAAAGACGGAGGCAAGAUAGACUAUGACAUGCUCAUCGAUCAGUUCGGUUGCCAGAGACUAGACCAGUCCCCCAUCAACUGUGUUCACCGUCUCACCUUUCACCCUCCCCACGUUUUCCUCCUUCAUUAUGUCUUCUUCGCUCACCGGGACUUCAAUGAUAUUCUGGAUGCGUACGAGAGAGCCAGAGGUUUUAUCUCUAUACUGGAUGAGGUCCAUCUUCUGAGGCUCUGCAUUUGGGCCAUCUCAUUCCCUUUAUGUUCACCAAAUAUUUGCAAGACGCGUUUAAGAUUCCUCUAGUCAUACAACUUACUGAUGACGAGAAAUGUAUGUGGAAAAAUCUCUCCGUACUGAUUUUAUACAUCUUAUAAUGCUAAAGACAUUAUUGCUUGUGGGUUUGACAUUUCGAGAACCUUCAUCUUCAGUGAUUUUGAUUACGUUGGUGGGUAAGUCGAAAAAACUCUAGCCAUAUCGUUGAUUGGGAAUUUGAUCUACUUUUCCAUCAUGUUUUUCGAAGUGAGUGCUUAUGGCUGAAGCAAUAUUUCUUGGUCACUUUUAUUUCUCAAACUAUAAACACAAUUACAUACAUGGUUUAUUAGAUUCUUUGUUGUUAUGUAUUUUUGUGUAGUGCAUUUUACAAAUACUCACGUCAUCACCUUCGUCCAUCUUGGUGGACACUUCUCUUUAUCUUCGCCUUAUUUGUCGACUGU